UUCAUCUGCUCCACAUGUGUGCACACUUGGCUCUGCCCCCCUACCAGGCUUACCCUGGUGGGCCUGUUAUGGGGUACCUGGAGUUUUACUGGAACUCGGCUGCAGAGGCAGGACAUGCCCCCACUUCGAUUGGGCCAGCUGGAGCCACCAGUGUCAAUCAGUCUCCAGAGGCAGGAAGGAAGAGACAGACAGCAGAAGUAGCCCCAGCUUCAUCCAGUUCUGGGAAUUACAGCCAGUUCACACCAGAUUCAGCCACGAGUCCACAUUCGGCAACCUCAUCCCCACAGCUUACAGCUAAGUCUCAGAAGGGCAGAGAAGAUGGAAUGGAGGGGGUGAGGAAGGCCAAGAACCGCACAGCUUUCUCCAAGGAGCAGCUGCAAACCCUGCACCAGCGGUUCCAGAGCCAGAAGUACCUCAGCCCUCAGCAGAUCCGGGAGCUUGCUGCUGCCCUGGGACUCACCUACAAGCAGGUGAAGACUUGGUUCCAGAACAGGAGGAUGAAGCUGAAAAGGUGCCAGAAGCAAAGUCUGUGGACUGAACGGGCUCAGUGGCUCACAGAAAGUGGCUUCCAGCCAGGUACUUACCUGGACGGGCACCCCAAAUUCCAUGAGGUCUACCCAAUCACCACAGCCAGCAACAUCCAAACCAUGCCUCCAUCUCACCAGCACUACGGAGCAGGGCAGAACACUUACACAAUUGUGACCGACGAGGAUGGAGGAGUCUUUGGCAAAGGUGGGGGCACCUGCAGCAGCCAGCAGACAGUGGGCUUCAUUGCCCAGCACAAAGUAGACUUUUACCACAGCUGUCCUGGAAAUGUGGAAUAUUCCAGCACAAAGACAGGUGACACCUGUAACUUUCACCACUCGACCACCAUGGGGGCUCCUUUCCCAGCCACUGCUGGCCACCAUCUCUAUCAUUCCUAAGCACUGUGGAUGCCGGGUACUUAAGCACCCAGGAAUCAAAUCUUCUUCUCAUCUCUCCCUUUGUUAUUCAUGUGCCCUGCAGCUUGAGGGCAUCAUGUAGCUACAACUUGUUUUGACAUCCCAAUACGUGCCUGCAAGCACAGACACACAGACAUGCAGAUACACCUGUUUGCCCAUAUAUGAACAUACAGCUCUUCAUUCAUAUGCCCUUACACAUGCACACACACAUCCCUUUCUUUAUUGGCACAGACACUCAAGUUCCCUUAUAGUAACACCCAAGAUCUGGCUAUCUAGAUUAUCCCCUGGAUCUUCUAAAUUAUUUUGUCUCAGAGGAGGCACAGAUUCCUUGGGGAUCCCAUUUAUACAAAUCACUGUACAGCUGUGUAUACAUAACACACAAAGCCAUAGGCUGUAUGGAGAGGUGCAGGUCACAUACUUUUCACUGAAGAUGGAGAAGUUACUGUCACAUGCCAGGCAUCCAUCUGAUGGUUAGAUCAUCAGUUCUGUAGGUCAGCCACAAGGUAUAGAAUUGAUGAAGUGUCUAGUGAAGGCAUAUGUGACAAGUAGUUUGCAGAAAGGCUGGUAAGAUGAUCCUGUAAACAUCAAAAUGAUAAGCAAGCCCCUUGUUCUGGUCUGUAUCUUUCUCUG